ACGCCCGUGCUCCUGCCUGAUUGACAGCCGGCUCUUCCCUGGUUGUUAACCCGUACCUGCCUAAUCUGGGUGGGAUGUCCAUUUAAUCGUUGUGUGGUUCUGAUAUGUGCAAGAAAUGGAUGUGAUCUUUAAACGAAAAACACGCCUGCCUUUUAUUUUGUUGGUUUUCACAUGCGCGUGGGCGAUGACUUCUGCGAUUAAACAGAGGACUUAUGUCAGAGAGCGACUCAGUCCGCCCCUGGACAUCGAGCUGCAGACCAUCAACUGCAGCGCGGUCCAGGUCCGGUGGCGGAUACCGUGGAGGCACGUCAGCACGGUUACCGGCUACAAGGUGUUCUACGCGGUCAUGAAAAACGGGCGCCCUGCAGGUUCUGCCCUGGCCGUGAACGUUCCCCUGAGUUUGGACGUGUUGGCUGCGGUAAAGUUCGAUGGACAAACAGCUGUUGAUGUGGAGGUGGGUGGUCUGAGGCCGGGUACCCAGCAUGUGUUCAGCGUGGGGGCGUACGGCUGGGCAGGGGAGGGGCGUGCCAGUGUGCCCCGCAGGAUCAGAACCCUCAACCCAGAGAUCUGCAUGCCCCCUGUUGCGCCCUCCCAGCCAAGGGUGGUCUCUGUGUCAGACACUGAGAUUAAGUUGUCCUGGCAACCUGCCGAGAGGGAGGGCGGCCUGGCAGCCCUUCGCUUUCUCGUGUCUUACAUCAGACCAGGAGUGGACUCAGACUGGACCUCUGUUGAAGAUUCAGUGGGCAGCAGCUCUGUGGUUGUGCCUGGUCUGGACCCAGACACCCAGUACCAGUUUGCUGUCCAGGCGGUCAACAGCUACGGCACUAGUCCUCUCAGCACCAUCAGCCACCCAGCAUGGACCCUCAGGUCUCAGUAUGAAGGCAGUGGCAUUGUGGCUCUGGGUUACCCCGGCAACCACAACUUGUCUGAGGAGGAAGCGCGCGACUUUCACGGACUACGUCAUAAUGUUCCUCUUCGAGAGACUGUUAUCUACUCAAAAGAGACCAGCAUAAGAUCUCAACUCAGCUCCAAGACUCUCAUCUCGGACGCCGGAGGAGAAGAAGAAAAAAUCUCCCGGGAUGUCAGAAAAACUACAACUCCCAGCAGGACUACAGUCACCGGCCCGAUCCUCCUAGCCUCCUCGCCACAUCCUGAAAGAGUCUCCCUAGUUUCCACCCCACCAUCCAACUCCACCACCAGCCCUUCCUCACCUCCCUCCCCCCUGCUCCCCCAUCCUCCCCCGCCCCCCGCCAGCGCUGGGGGCUGGAGGAGGGGACUCCACGACCUGACCUGCGAGGACACCGUGUGUCCGGCCCACAGCGUGUGUGUCGACGACUUCCAGAGCGGGGGGUCACGCUGCUACUGCGCCCUGGGUCUGGGGGGAAAGGCCUGUUCUGAGGUGGUGAUGGCGAGCUAUCCCAAGUUCCACGGCUUCUCCCACAUAGCAUUUGAACCUCUGAAGAAGUCCUACCACACGUUACAGAUCACCCUGGACUUCAAGGCGGACUCUGACAGCGGGCUGCUACUGUUCUGUGGGGAGAGUGACCAGGGCGAGGGUGACUACGCCUCCCUGGCGCUCAUCCAUGGCAGGCUCCACUUCCGGUUCAACUGUGGCACCGGCAGCGGGCACAUGGUGAGCGGGCGGCGUGUGACGCCGGGCCGGUGGCACACGGUGUCCAUCGCCAGGGUGGGCGUCACGGGCUGGCUGAGGAUGGACAAUGACACGCCCGUCACAGGACGCUCACAGGGAGACUACACCAAGAUCACCUUCCGAACCCCUCUCUAUGUGGGUGGAUCCCCCAAUGUCUAUUGGCUGAUCAGGACCACGGGGACCAAUCGUGGCUUCCAGGGGUGUAUCCAGAUGCUGAGCAUCAACAACAGGAUGAUGGACAUGAGGCCCUGGCCAAUAGGAUUGGCUCUGAGUGGAGCGGACGUGGGUGUGUGUAGUGCCAGUGUUUGUGCUGACGUCAGCUGUGCCAAUGGAGGAACCUGCGUCACCAGCAGCACAGACGGCUAUCUGUGUCUGUGCCCGCUCGGCUACAGGGGGCGGAGGUGCCAGGAUAGCUUCCUCCUGGUGGUCCCUCUCUUCAGAGCAGCCGUGCGCUCGUACGCUAGCGCCCCCUGGCCCCGGGGCCCCCGCUAUUACCUGUCCUUCCAGGAGCUGGAGGUGGUGUUCCUGCCGACGGCCUCCGACGGCACGCUGCUCUACAGCCAGGACUCAGACACCAGGGACUUCCUGUCCGUCACUCUGGCGGGAGGCCACCCGGAGCUACGCUUCGACUGUGGCUCUGGGACUGCUGUGAUCAGAAGUGAGGCGCCCGUCUCCCUGAACGAGUGGCACGAGCUGCGGGUGUGGAGGACUGGCAGAGCAGGCAUCCUCCAGGUGGACAACCAGAGGCCUGCCCACGGCCUGGCAGAGGGGGCGUUCACCCAAAUCAGAUGUGGGGGUCCGCUGUUCAUUGGGGGGGUCCCUGACCACAGCAGCACUAAGAUCCAGGCUGGACUCACUCAACCCUUCACUGGCAGCAUUCAGAAGAUCAGGGUGAACGGCCAGCGGCUGCGCCUGCCCCAGGACCUCUCAGCCGGGGUCAACCUGGACAACUCCCUGCACCCCUGCGUAGGAAACCCCUGUGUGAACGCAGGCUGGUGCCGGCCCCGAGGCCCUGGGUACGAGUGUGAUUGCCCUCUGGGGCGGGCUGGGAAACACUGCCAGCAAGAAUGUGGGACAUACUGCAUGAACUUCACAGAGCCCACGGCAUUGCCCCGGUUUAUUGGCCGAAGCUACCUCACUUACGACAAGAAAGACAUUUUAAGAAGGGUGUCAGGCUACAGCACCAGUGUGUUCCUCCGCUUCAGGAGCUCCUCUCAGCAUGGACUGUUGCUAUGGCGAGGGCACAUGCCUCUUAGGGUCAACACUGACUUCAUGUCUCUGAGCUUGACGAGCGGGGCUCUCCUCUUCAGCUACAACCUGGGAAGUGGUGUUGCCACACUGAUGGUGAAUGGAUCCUUCAGCGAUGGCCAAUGGCAUUGGGUCAAAGCAGUCAGAGAAGGCCAGGUUGGGAUGCUGACUGUGGACCAAUCAGAGAGCAGCACUGGAAGGUCACCUGGCAACAUGAGACAGCUCAACACCAACACCGAUCUCUUCCUGGGGGGAGUGAAGGAGCGAGGCGUGGAUGCCCAGGGCGUGUACAUGUGGGGGCUUAUGGGCUGUGUGUCUCACCUCAGCCUCUCCCCAAACCACCACCUCUCCCUGCUGGAGGACUCAGCUAGAGGCCGGAACAUCCACACCUGCGGAACCUGACUCCCCUGCCUCUCGUUUUCCCAGGGACUCUUUUACAGGGGGUCUGGUUGGCUACAAAGCCGCACUGAGACUGAAAGGUGCAGCAUCUGUGACCGUGCUUGUGGCUGACAGACGGGCUCCCUACAGGGCAACUGUAGAACUGACUGACCCAUCAUGUGAAAUGACCACUCACCACCUUCAAAAGAAAGGCGCUUUAUAGCAGGGCAGAUGCCAUUGAAACAUUGUAAGAAAAACUUGAUUGCUGUCUGGAAAUCAUAAAGGUGAU